GAAGGGGGGGGGGCAGGCAGGCAGCCGGGUCUGAGAUCGAUGCGAGCCGCAUGGGAGGGUUGGCGCGCAUGCUUUUACGACCACACCGGCGUCGGGCGCUCAGUUGAUGUAGAGCACGUGUCCUUGGUGUUCAGCUUGAAGCAACAGAGCGCCGGUGUGGCCACUGCGGUUCUCGUAGACCGCGUUUAUUUUAGCCUCGGCGCAGUCGUGGAGCUUUAUUUUAUUCAUCUUCUUUCGCUCGAAGUCACGUGCUAAGUGUGCGUCAAAGCAGGAAAGCUCUUUGCAGAAGUGGGUGUGCGCUCCACAACGAAAGACAACUCCACAGUAGUCCGACGGUCGGCCUUGGCUUGACUCGACAGCGCCAACUGCGACAAAGGGACACGAUGACGCGCAAGUUAUCCGUGGUGGUGAUUUUGGCGACGUUCCUUCUCUGCUUCUCACGCCCAGUUCUGUCCCAACAGCGGCCACAGCCACACGAGUGCUAUGCCGAUUCGGUGUCUCAGUGCUACCGAAUGUACCACGGCACAUUGUGGGGAGACUUCAACGGAAACUCUGACAGACUUUGCAAGAACGUGACGACGAAGCUUCGGUGUCAUCAGAAGCUAGCCUCCUGCCCGGAGCCAGUGAGGACAAACUUCAGCCGCCAGGAGGAAGGAUACGAAGCCCUUCGCAACUUUGUCUGCAACCGCAAGGCCUUUGAAGAUUACCGAACAGCCGCCCGCUGUCGGGACCACAGAAAUCAUCAGGCCUGUGAGGAACGACACGGAGCUGGGCCAGAGGAAAAUGAGCGCGAUCCUGCCAACUUUGGCUGCAAACUGAUCCGGAGUAGCAUGCUGUGCUUCGACGAGUUAUUCAGGUCCGAUUGCGAGAUGGACAAGAAGACGGCUAAGGCGGCCUUCAUGAAAGGAGAGAACAUCCUGCUCGCCCUCGAAGGCUGCAGCUCAUCGGCUGCGUCACACUUGCUUUCGCAGUUGCUCGUGCUUGGCGCGGUGGUUGCAGCUCUUUCGCGUUAUAUGAACAAGUAGUGUAGAUGAACAGCCGUCUUUGCGGGGUGCUUUCAUAGCAGUCACAGAUCCUGCACUACAGUCGGUCAAAGUCUAAGAAUAACUGCAGGCGCCACCCACAACCGCCACUGUCCCACUCAGAGAGAACUUGCAUGGACUUUCCGUCCAAUAUCAUUUGCCCAUUUCCAUGACGUCAAGCACUAUUCGCGGGGUUCAGUUAGUCGUUGUGCCCAUACAAACACGUUCGUGUCGCUGGUUUGAAGAAGAAAACUUCAACGUCCUGGAAAAUUUCUUCCGAGAUUUUGACAUCACUGCUUUGCCAAAGGCCAUAUUUUGGGUAGGAACGACGAACCUUUAGUUUUUUAUAUGCGCGGUGCUUACAUUAGCAGAGAAGUUGUACUUAUCGUUCGAAAGAAGACCAGCUUGCGCGACUCUCUUACUUAGGGGAUUGACAAGCACGCCGAGCUUUCGUGAGUGAAGCUUGUGUUGUAUCUUAGGUUGCAUAAGCGAUUACUGCAGCAACAACCACAACAACCAACGGCUACAACACAGCAGCAGUCAGUACAGCAAAAUCAACUCUCAUGUUGUGUUGCACACCGCGAACGUUUCUUUUUCGGCGCUCAGCGCUAACAUCGAAGUUGGAACUGAUUGAGAUGUCUUGUUUUUCGUUACACUGUACGCCGAAGCGCUUAUACAUGCGUAUCGACACUGUUGCUGAUGUAUAUUUGUUUCCAGAAGCUUUUCCCCAGUUUAAAAGCUGCACCAUUGUUCUUGUUCCAAGCGAUUCAAAGUGUCCUUCUUAGUGAUGUUGACUGUGUUUUCGUUAAACACCAUAGAGCACGGAACGCAUCAUAGUCACUCAGCGCCUGUGAUGUGAUUCGGUGCCGCCCGUUUUGAAGUGACUGUGCCUUUUUUUAGGCGAAUGUAUCGCUGCUGGGGCACCACCGCGCAUAUGCCGGUCAUUUCACAGCCUCAAUUCACUGCCGCACUGCUGUUGUCUCUGUCUCGGCUUUGGGAAACGGCUGAGAAUUGAACUCGAAAUAAAAGAGUCAUUAAU